UCUUCCGUCUCUCCCGCCAGAUAGCUGACGACCUACCCACUCGCCGGGAUCUGACCCACCACCCAAAUACGCUAUGUGCCACCACACCCGCCGUGACUCCCUUCCUACAUCCUCCGGCUCCUCCCCAUCAGGACAUGUCGUCUCCGCCACCGAUGCCGCCGACCUAGGGUGGCCGUUCGGAAAGCUCGACGGCAUCGACCGCGACGACCUUCGCGAGGCCGCCUACGAGAUAUUCUUCACGGCGUGCCGGUCGUCACCGGGGUUUGGAGGUGGGAGGAACGCCUUGACGUUCUAUUCCUCGGACAGUGGCACCGGAGGAGGAGGUGAUGGAGGGGGAUCCGGGUCCGGCGGGUCCCCGGCAAGAGCGCAUGGCGUGGGGAUGGCGGUGACGAGUAAAGUAAAGAGGGCUUUAGGGUUGAAGAUGCUGAAACGUUCGCACUCACGGAGGACCACCGCGUGCGGGAAUAACCCUUCUUCGCCAGGCGGCGGAUCCAGUCCCGGCGUCGCAUUUGGGGCGACCCAGGCACCACGGUCAAGGCGGCCGAUGACGUCGGCCGAGAUAAUGAGGCAGCAGAUGAAGGUGACGGAGCAGAGUGAUAACAGACUACGUAAAACGCUCAUGAGGACCCUAGUUGGCCAAAUGGGAAGACGCGCAGAGACGAUAAUUCUACCACUUGAGCUCCUCCGCCACCUAAAGCCGUCCGAAUUCAAUGACUCCCACGAGUACCAUAUAUGGCAAAAGCGUCAGCUCAAAAUCCUUGAAGCAGGACUUGUUCUUCACCCCUCGAUCCCACUAGAGAAGUCGAACACAUCUGCUAUGCGUCUGAGGGAAAUCAUUGCAGCUUCUGAGAUAAAGCCAAUUGACACAGGAAAAAACUCCGAGGCCAUGAAAACACUCUGUAAUUGUGCGGUUUCACUAGCCUGGAGAAGCCCUGAUGGCACACAAACGGAGAUAUGCCAUUGGGCUGAUGGCUUCCCUCUCAACGUGCACCUCUACAUUGCUCUUCUCCACUCAAUCUUUGAUCUAAAGGACGAGUCUCGAGUCCUGGAUGAGAUUGAUGAGCUUCUUGAGCUCAUGAAGAAGACAUGGUCUAUAUUGGGAAUCAAUAGAUGCACACACAAUUUGUGCUUUACUUGGGUGUUGUUCCAACAAUAUCUCACCACAGGACAAACAGAAAGUGAGCUUCUUUGUGCCACACUAACUAUGCUCGCAGAAGUAGCCAAUGAUGCCAAGAGAACAGACAGAGAGCCUGGCUAUGUCAAGAUGCUGUCAUCCGCAUUGAAUUCAAUUAAGAAAUGGUCGGAGAAGAGACUGCUUGACUAUCAUGGUUGUUUCGAUGGGGGAACAGUUGGCCUAAUGGAGAACCUCCUUCCCUUAGUUUUUUCGGCCACAAAGAUAUUGGAAGAAGAUGUUAAAUGCAUUGGAGCAGAGGGGCUAGAGAAAGAUGAAGUGACAGAAGACACAAUAGGAACUAGGGUGAAUCACUAUAUCCGGUCGUCGCUGAGGAAUGCAUUCGCUAAGAUGCUAGAAUGUGAAAAUGUCGAUUCUAUGACAGUUGAAGUUCAAGAGGUUAGCGAAGUCCUCCUUCAGUUAGCGAAAGAAACUGAGGAAUUGGGCUUGAAAGAGAGAUUAACUUAUAGUCCUGUGCUCAAGAAAUGGCAUCCAAUUGCAGCCGGUCUUGCAGCAGUGACGCUUCAUAAUUGCUAUGGAACAUUGUUGAGGCAAUACUUGGCUGGGGUGUCAACGCUCACAAAUGAGACAAUCAUGGUAUUACAGAGUGCUGGGAAGCUAGAAAAGGUUUUGGUUCAGAUGGCAGUUGAAGACUCUGUCGAAUGUGAAGAUGGAGGCAAAGCGGUCGUGAGGGAGAUGGUUCCAUAUGAAGUUGAUUCAAUCAUACAAAACUUUUUGAAACAAUGGAUUCAGGAGAGGUUGAAGAGAGGAAAAGAGUGUAUUCAGAGAGCAAAAGAUAGUGAAACAUGGAACCCAAAGUCCAAAUCAGAACCAUAUGCACAAUCGGCUGUAGAGAUAAUGAGACAUUCCAAUGAAGCUGUCGAUGACUUCUUUGAAAUCCCAAUAGGAGUUUCUGAUGAUUUAGUUCAUGACUUUGCUGAUGGAUUAGAGAAUAUGGUGCUAGACUACACUGCCUUCGUCGCAUCAUGUGGAUCAAAGCAAAGCUAUAUCCCUAAUCUUCCUUCCCUGACACGAUGCAACCGGGAUUCCAAGUUCAUCAAGUUGUGGAAAAGAGCUAGCCCCUGCAGUGUGGUUGUGGAAGAUUCACACCCACAUGAAUCAAAUGAAGGUCACCAUCCGCGUCCUUCAACAAGCAGAGGGACACAACGCCUCUACAUUCGCCUCAACACCUUGCAUUAUCUUCUAUCUCAGCUUCAUUUGCUUGACAAAAGCCUCUCCUUCUCCCCUCAAGUAGUUCAGUCACCACGCAGCCACUAUAAUAACCACCGCAGACAACUUAGCAGUUCAAUAUCAUACCUAGAUCAUGCCCGUACAACCAUUCAAGCAGCCUCCCAACAUGUGUCGGAAGUUGCUGCCUACCGUCUCAUCUUCCUUGAUUCCAAUCCUGUAUUCUAUGAAAGCCUAUACGUUGGUGAUGUAGAAAAUGCACGUAUUCGACCAGCUCUACGGAUCCUCAAGCAGAACCUUACUCUCUUGGGUGCCAUUGUGACUGACCGGGCUCAACCAAUGGCAAUGAAAGAAGUUAUGAAGGCUUCUUUCGAGGCCUACCUAAUGGUUUUGCUAGCGGGGGGAAGCUCUCGAAUCUUUUCUAGGUCAGAUCACGAUAUGAUUGAGGAGGACUUUGAAAGUUUGAAACGGGUUUUUUGCACAUGUGGAGAAGGGUUGAUAGCCGAGGAUGUGGUGGACCGAGAGGCAGAGACAGUGAAAGGGGUGGUGGCUUUGAUGGGCCAAUCUGCCGAACAACUAGUGGAAGAUUUCGGCAUUGUGGCUUGUGAGGGAAGUGGAAUAGGGGUUAUGGGCUCAGGGCAAAAGCUGCCUAUGCCUCCAACAACCGGGAGAUGGAAUAGAACCGAUCCCAAUACAAUAUUGAGGGUGCUGUGCCAUAGGAAUGAUCGAGCAGCGAAUCAGUUCUUGAAGAGGACAUUCCAAUUAGCAAAGAGGAGGUGAUGAAGAUAGUUUGACAUGUAUAGUUUAAUCCGAAAGAACACAUUCUUCAGGAAAUCCGAUAAUGGCCGGGUUCAAACCAUGUACAGUAAAUGCAAAGGAGAAAAAUUGCAUUGGCAGCUUGAAGAAAGUGUGAGAGGGGAUUAAUAGUAACAAACUCAUUGUACAUUUGAAUGUGAUAUCAAGAUAUUGUUGGGGAGCUGAGAGAGAGAGAUUGUAGUUAUUCUUGGCUUAAUUCUUUACAGCACUAGGAAUGUUGUUAGUUCUUAUAUGUGAUGAAAUGUGCAAAAGGAUAAAUUAUUUAUCCUCUCUGGUAUUAUUAACUUGUGCCAACUAUUUCAUCACAGAACAUUCUUUCUGUAAAGCAUUUUACAUGUAAUAUAAUUUUCUUUUUAUUUUUA